GGUGUUUUUUAAGAAGAGCCUGGACAGUCAUUUGUCUCAAAUGGCAUAGGGUCUCCUGCUUGAGCAGGGGGCUGGGCUAGAUGACCUCCAAGGUCCCUUCCAGGUCCUGGUUCUGCAUUCCCACGCUUCCGAGCCCCCUCCUCCCCGCAAGAGGCGGGCCAGGCCUUGGCGAGCACCAGCCGCCCGGAGGCGGAGCGCCGGCUUGCCGCUCGCCGCCACGGAGGGGAGGAGACGGGGGCCAAGGCGGCGCCUGGCCGGGCUUCCUUCCGCGCACGUGGGCAUCCCGCGGAGGGGAAGCCGAGCCGGACCAUGGCGGAGGCGGAGGCUGCGCUCCGAGAAGCCGAAGGACGGCUGGCCGCCUGUUUGGAAGAGACGCUGGGCAGCCGCCUCUGCGCCAACCGCGUCUUCGAGAUCCUGGAGCUUUUGCAGGCCGAGGACAAGGAGAUAAUCGAGUGUGCCAUCCGGACGUGCAGCCGCCUCUUCGGAGCUUUACUCACACGGGGGGAGCUCUUUGUUGGCAGACUUCCCCCUGAGGAAGACUUUGUCCAAGGAAAUUACAGCGCAGAAGAGAAAUAUAAAAUUUGGAUGAGACAUCGCUACAACAGCUGCACCGCUUGUCUGGGGGAACUGAUGGGGCACAAAGUUUUCCAGGUCAAAGAAACUGCUCUUUGUACCCUGAUGAAUUUUGUUGAAUUGGAAGCCAAAUACCCUUUGGUUAAGAACGAAUGGAGUUUCAAUUUCCCCCGGGAACUUUUACAGGUGGUGGUGGACGGUCUAAUCCAGACGGAUCACAAUUCCUUCCUGCUAAUCUCGCGUUUCCAUGUGUACAUGGAAGAGGACGAUGUCCGGUACUUUGUGAUGAAGGCGGUGGCCGAAAACGUGGGGAACGUGAUGACAAAGGCCAAACAGGCUCCUCUACGGGUUUACCAAAGCAACGCCUUCCAUCUCCUUUCGUCCAUUGUCAUGCCGAGUGAGGAAAGCAAGAUAAAAAAAUUUCUGGUGGAACAUGCUAAUCAGGAGGAGUGGAAAGUGUCCAAACUAAAGGAACACAGACAGGCCUUUGAGAGGAUGUGGCUUGGAUUCCUGAAAUACCAGCUACCAAGAAACCUCUACAAAAAAGUCUUGCUCAUCCUACAUGACUCCAUCUUGCCCCACCUGAACGAGCCCGCCCUCUUGAUGGAUUUCUUGACCGUGGCUUACGACGUUGGUGGAGACAUCAGCCUUCUGGCCUUAAAUGGACUCUUUGUUUUGAUUGUCCAAUAUAAUCUGGAAUAUCCAGAAUUCUACACGAAACUGUACAGUCACCUGGACCCCUCCAUCUUCCACGUAAAAUGCCGUGCACGCUUCUUUCGUUUAUUGGAUUUGUUCUUAUCUUCUUCGCACUUGCCGGCGUAUCUGGUGGCAGCCUUUGCCAAGCGCCUCUCCCGCCUGGCGCUCACCGCCCCUCCUGAUGGCUUGCUGAUUGUCAUUCCUUUCAUCUGUAACCUCUUGAGGAGGCAUCAGUCGUGCCAGGCGCUCAUCCACAGGCCCCACGGCCCUGCAGAGAUGCCGGAGGAUCCUUACAGGAUGGAGGAAAAAGACCCCUUGGAAAGCAGGGCUCUGGAGAGCUCCUUGUGGGAAAUAAAAACGCUGCAGAACCAUUAUCAUCCUGACGUUGCCAGGGCUGCUGCUGAAAUUAACCUGCCUCUCUCCGUGAUGGAACAGGAUUUGUCCGAGAUCCUAGAACUGACAGCCUUUGAGAUAUUUGAUAAGGACAUUAAGAAAGAAUCCGCAGACGUUCCACUGGAAUAUCGGCAAGCCCGAGGCCUCUUUAGGGACAAAGAUGAUCUCUUUGCAGAAUAUUUUUCCUUGCAGUGACUGUUUGGGGGUAACAGAAUGCAAUAAAUACCUUCUUUUUUAAAAAAA